CACAAGACACACACACACCUAUAUGAUCAUAUGACCACGGAGAGUCCCCACCCCCGAGAUGUCAACUUGCUCAAUCAGUGCGCUGGGCGAGAGAUUGGACUUUACAAGCAGAAAACACAACUUUUCACAACCGAGUAGCAGGCUGUCUGGUCCAACAGUCCCAAUACUUCAAAUGGCCUAUUCAGAGAGAACACCUCCGCCCAGACAUGCUCAGACCGGGAGUAGCUUGUGUCCAGCUGUGAGCCUUCUCCUCGUGCUGUUUACCUGUAACGUCAGGUACGCAGCGUGCGGAGCGAGCAACAUCGUCCUGAUCCUCUCUGACGACCAGGAUGUUGAACUGGGGGGAAUGACCCCGAUGAAGAAAACCAAACUGCUGAUAGGAGAUGCGGGGGCGACGUUUUCAAACGCUUAUACAGCCACGGCGCUUGGCUGUCCCAGCAGAAGCAGUAUUUUGACAGGUAACUACCCCCACAACCACGCCGUGAGGAACGACUCUCUGGCGGGCAACUGCUCAAGUCCUCUGUGGCAGAAAGGCCCGGAGGCCCUGGCGCUCCCCGUCUACCUCAGCAAACGGAAGUACCGCACGUUCUUCGCGGGGAAGUACCUGGAGCAGUAUGGAACCAAGGAGGCUGGCGAGUUUGCGCACGUUCCACCCGGAUGGGACCUCUGGCACGCACUGGUUGGAGACACCAAGUACUACAACUACAGUCUUUCAGUCAACGGUAAGGAAGAGAAGCAUGGAGACAGCUAUGAGAAGGAUUACUUCACAGAUCUCAUAUUGAACCGGUCCCUUGAGUUCCUGGAUAAGAGGAGCCCCGGGCAGCCGUUCUUCAUGAUGCUGUCCCCGCCUGCCGCCCACGCCCCCUGGACCGCCGCGCCCCAGUACCAGAAGGAGUUCAGCGACGUCAAGGCUCCUCGCGAUGGCAGCUUCAACAAGCCGGGGAAGGACAAACACUGGUUGCUGCGACAGCCCGCUAACCCCAUGGCCGGCAGCUCGAUGGACUUCCUGGAUGAUGCGUACAGGAAGAGGUGGCAAACUCUCCUAUCAGUAGAUGAUAUGGUGGAAAAGCUGGUGAAGAAACUGGAAGACUCGAAGGAACUCAAUAAUACUUACAUCUUCUACUCCUCGGAUAACGGCUUCCACGCAGGUCAGUUCUCCCUGCCCAUUGAUAAGAGGCAGCUGUACGAGUUUGACAUCCGGGUUCCCCUCAUGGUGCGAGGUCCAGGCAUCGCACCCAAACAAAUAGUGAAGGCACCAGUAUUGAACAUUGACCUGGCUCCCACCAUCCUGGACAUAUCGGGCUCCGAUUUGCCAAUAAUGGACGGCCAGUCUUUCCUCUCUCAGAUGACCCCAUCCUUGAGGAGCGGCCCCUCCCGGUCGUGUUUCCUGGUUGAACACACAGGAGAAGGUUCCCCAGUACCGGACCCUGCUUGUCCCAAACUCGGUCGUGGCCUCUCUCACUGUCUUCCCAACUGCGUCUGUGAGGACUCCUACAACAACACCUACGCAUGCGUCAGGACACUCGUUGGAAUCAACUUGCAGUACUGCGAGUUUUCGGACAAUGAAUCCUUUGUGGAGGUGUACAAUUUGACAUCAGACUUGAGCCAGCUAGUGAACAUCGUUAAGAAGGUGGACCCAGCACUCCUGCAAGCCAUGAACCAACAUCUGAUCAAGCUCCAGUCUUGUGCAGGUAGUAGCUGCCAUGACAACGGUAUCAAUGGUUUGUGUCAAACGACAACCAAAUAACGGCACCAAAUGGAUGCAAAAAGGGAUUAACAACGGUAGGGCUAUCAUUGGGUGAUGUUAAAGGGCCCCAUACAAACAGGUUGGAUGUUGAUUAGCCAUCGCAAGCCAUAUCCCAAACAAAGUAUGACUUACCAGCCUACACAGUGGGACUUUAGGAACUGGUAGGCUGAUCGAUCCAUUAUAACACUCCCACUCCCAUGUGAUGUCAUUAUAAGGUAGAUUAUGUUAUGGUUAAUCAACAUCAGAUAUGUUGGGGGCCCUUUUAAAUGACACACGAUGUGUCUAACUUAACUUCUAGUGCUCGAUAGAACUACUGCUUAUGGGCCUCAACCUUUUGUCCUACAUGAACUGUUGAGUCUUUUCCAACUUCCAACUGAAAAAGUGAACUGUGUACUGUUGCACUAAUUGCAGAUAUAUUGCACUCCUUCUCUAUUGUUUAACAAUGUUCAGAUAAUAAGAAGUCCACAACGACUGUAUUUGCCUAGUUACAGAAGUUUAUUUUACAGGGUGUGAAAAGUCAAACAUCCUAGCUUUCUAUUCUAUCCUGUCUGAUAUUUACCUAAGAGAGAUGAUAGACACAUAUUGCUGAUAAUUUCUAUGUUGUUUAUGUAACCUUUUUUUUUUUUUUUUUUACUAUUGAGGUAAUUUUAAUCGUUCUUUACCUUAUGUACUGAAGCACUUCCAAAGGCCUUGACUGUGAAUUGACAUUAAAUAACGUAACUGUGUCUAUAGUUCAUUAUUCAAACACGAGUGAGUUGUGAAAGAAUACAUUGAAAAUGCUAUACCUUUUGAAUUAUUGACGUUUAGUUUAGAAUGUUUGUUUCUAGAAUACUUUAUAAACCUUCUCAUUACCCUUGAACUCAUUAAAACUAUCUUUAUAUAGAUUGUGUGAUGGGGUGUAUAAUGUUUAACAGUCUUCCACAUCGACCAAACUAAAACCCUAUGGACGCACAGGAAGUGAUGUCUAGUUUCUUUCAAUAGGAGCAUCUCUUUCAACACCCCUGAUGUUGUAAACAUUGGUUAAUGUAUAGAAUCGCUGCAUGGGAUUAUGUAAUGUCGCAAAAUGAAACUUCUGUCAAAUGCCAAACAAAAGAUUUAAACAUCAAGAUAAUCAGUUUAUUAACUACUGCAAAAACACCACAAACGAAACAAAAAAAAUACACUUUCACAAGUAUUUGUACACUGCCUGUUUCUGUAGCGUCUGGAUCUCUAGUUUAACUGGACAUUUGUAGAAGUGGGAUAGCAAUGACUCCGUAUAGCCCGUCAGAAAGUAGAACUUCUGCGGUGGGAGUUUCUGCAGCAUCAGCGCGCACACAAUGAGCAGGUUGCCCCGCCUCUUGAUGACGACCUCGUUGGCAAGGCAACCGUGGAACGUUCCGAACAUGAAGCGUCUGAUGAACACGUCUUCUAAUGCUCGGUCGGCCGCACCCUCCUCUCCUUUAAGAUUACCUGGAAAGGUAAGGAAGAACAUAUUUAUGCACAUUAACUUUAUUUUGCUGUUUGGCAGAUGCCCUAUCCAAAGUGAUUUAAGGUGACAUAUUAUACCACCAAGUCUGAGUGUGAUUAGCCGUUACAAGCCGUUUU